CCGGAGACGUUUCGGCUGGGUGUCCGAGGGACUGUCGGCUGGGUGUCCGGAGAAGUUUCGGCCGUGUGUCCGGGGAACAUGGCCGGGUGUCUGGGGGACAUAGCCGAGGACCUCAGUUGUUCCAUCUGCUUGGGCCCCUUCCAGAGCCCGGUGAGCACCCCUUGCGGUCACAACUUCUGCAGCGAGUGCCUGGGGCUGACGUGGAAGGGGGCAAAUAACAGGGGCUUCACCUGCCCCCAGUGCAGAUACCCUUUCCCUGAGAAGCCCGAGCUCAGGAAGAACACCCUGCUGAGCAGCCUGGUGGAUCGGAUCAUGGAGGCCAAAGGCAACCCUUUCCCCGGGCAGCAGGAGGACCUGCUCGGGGGGGACCUGCUCGGGGGGGACCUGCUCGGGGGGGAUUUGCUCGGGGGGGACCUGCUGCCUGCCCUGGACCCGCUGCCUGCCCGAGAUCUGCUCGGGGGGGACCCGCUGCCCUCCCGGGAUCUGCUCGGGGGGGACCCGCUGCCUGCCGGAUGCGUGCUGUGUGAUCACUGCAUGAAGGCAGCCGCUGCCCGGACCUGCCUCACCUGCAUGGCCUCCUUCUGCCCCGAGCACCUGCAGCCCCACCACGAGAGUCCGGCAUUCAAGGACCACGAGCUCACGGAGCCUGUGAAGGAUCUGACCCGCAGGAAGUGCUCCGAUCACGGCAAACUCCUGGACUAUUACUGUUGGGGGCACGGCCGGUGCCUGUGCUGCAGCUGCCUCCCCGGCCAUAGGCAGUGCCAGACCCUGAGCCUGCGGGAGGGGAAGCGGCGGAGAGAGCUCGAGGUCCGGAAUCUGCUGCAGUCGCUAACGCAGAAAAUAAAGAGCUCAUCGAAUAAAGCUGAUGAUGUCAUAACUGAACAGAGAAAAGUCAUGGAUAUUACACAGAAGAAGAAGGAUCUGGUGCUCGGAGAGUUUAAUGAAAUUCAGGCUCUAAUCGAGGGAGAAAAAGCGAAAGCCAUGCGCAGCAUCGAGGAGGAGGAGAAGAAGGUCGUCAGAAAGUUCAGCUUCACCCACCAAGUCCUGGGCAAGAAGCAGCGCGAGUUCCAGGCGUUAAAGGUCAGAGUGGAGUCUCUGCUGCAGGAGGAGGACGAGCUCCAGUUCCUGAAGCGCUCGGCGGAAAUGCAGGACGUGCCGUCGAAAGAGCCCUACAAGCCCAAGAUCGAGUUCAACGAGAAACUUCUGCACCAGAUCUACAGGAGGGCAGCAUCGCUUAAGAACUCAAUCAGCCAUAACCUCCAGCAGCCAGAUGAUCCAUCGGAGCUGAAGUGUCCGCACCCCGUGCCGCAGGAAUCUCCGGAAAAAGAACACCGACAGGAUGAAUCGUCUGAAAGGAAACCUCAAAUGCCAAAGAAGACCCCAAGAGAAAAAAAGAAACAGCCCCCCAAAACGAUGCCCAAAAAGCAUCCGUCGGCACCCACCGCGGCGGCUGCAAACCGGUCUAGAGAAGAGCUUCUGAAAUAUGCUGAAAGACUGGUCCUGGAUAUCAACACCGCGCACAAGAGAGUUCUCCUGUCCGACAGAUUCACCACGGUAACGGUCAGCGACAAACCGCAGGACUACGCCAUGACAUCAGAGCGCUUCACUCAUUGUUCCCAGGUUCUGUGCACCCGCGGCCUCUCGCACGGCAUCCAUUACUGGGAGGUCGGCGUCCAUGGCGGCAACUUCAGUGGAAUUGGCGUCGCCUACAGGAACAUAGCCAGGACCGGAGUAGAAAGCCGUCUGGGGCGGAACAAGGAGUCCUGGUGCAUUGAGUGGUUUAAUGGGAAGUUGCAGGCCUGGCACGCUGAUAGACAGACUGACCUCGCCGCUGCCAACAUUCACCGAGUCGGCGUCUUACUCCAUUACGACGAAGGCUUCCUCGCUUUUUUCUCUGUCGCAGACGAAUUCCGCGAGAUUUACCGGUUCCGCGCCCAAUUCGCAGAGCCGCUUUAUCCCGCUUUCUGGGUGUUUUCCAGCAACACGACCCUCUCCGUUACCCCCUUAAAUGAAUGAUUGCGCAGGGUGGGCAGAUGUGGACGAGCCGGAGCCGGCUUGGAUUCCCCCAGUCUGCAGACAGGUCUUUGGGUUUGUCGGGU